AGGACUUUGGGGGUAGGCGUGAACCGGGGUGUGUCAAAAGCUGCAGUGACCGUCCUUAACCUGGGUCCGUGAGUCUGGGGCGGGCGGGGUCCCGGGUCUGCAUUCUUGCUGGUGUUGCGCUGCAGGUGUCGCGCUGCAGAUGUCGCUGCUGGAGCGCGUCCAGCGGUGCCAGUGCGCGCAAGUGGCCCCAGGGUCAGGAGCGCCCUCCGGGGUGUGCAAAGAGAACCAAGUUUUACUGAAGGUCUGAAAUGUUCCAGGUGGAGUACUACCUUACUACCUGCUUUUCCAAAGGCAUCUAACUUUUAACCCUACAGCAACCCUCUAAGUCAGGUUUUCAACCAUUGGCUGCAACGCAGUAGUGGUAGUGAAAUUUGUUUAGUGAGCCAAGACUAGUAUUUUAUUUGCCAGUACUUUUAGGUCGUAUAUAAUUUACAUAGAAUGAUUUGCACAUAAUUUACAGAGUAAAAAGUUUGUAGAUGCACCCGUAUGAUUACCACCCCCAUCAAAAUACAGAACAUUUUAAUCCCCCAGAAAUGCAACCCCCCACCUGCUUAAGAACCAGUUUUUUUCAAUUUCUAUCUCUAUAGGCUAAUUUUGCUUCGUAGAACAUCAUAUAAAUGGAAUCCUACAGCAUGUACUCUUAUAUGCAAGCAUUAAAAAUAAAUACUGUAAAGUAGCACAUAUGUAUUCCCUUGUGAUAAGGAUUGUUUUAUGAAAUGUAUUAUAUAUAACUGUAUUUUUAAAAUGACUAUUGGGCAUCCAUUAACCAGACACUAUUGUUAGUGCUAGGGGUGCAAUACUGAAUCAAGCAGACAAAAAUCCCUGCCUUCAUGAAAUUUUAGUUUUAGUAAGUAGAGAUAGUCAAUUAACAGUAAGCAUAAUUAUGUAGUAUAUUAGAUAGUAAAUUAUGUAUUUGAACUUAUACACAAAGAAAAAGUAGAUCAGGGUAAGGGAGAUGGGGGGAUUAAGUUUAAAUUAGGUAGACAGCGAAGGCCUCCUUGGUGAUUUUUGAGCAAAGAUGAAGAAAUAGAAGGUUGUGCUGGGUAGAAGGAACAGCCAGCAUGGACACACACACACACACACACACACACACACACACACAUUAACAUUAGGUUGUUUUGUAGAAUAUGUUUCUUACCUUAAUCAAAAUAUGUUUCUUACCUAAUCACUGAUACAAUAUAGAUAUUAUUUCUGAUUUUACUGAGGCUCAGAAAGGUAAAGCUGAGUAACUUGCCCAAAGUCAAAUAGCCAGCAGGUAAAUUCAAGCCCAAAUGUUUUCCUCUAAAUCUUCUACCCUUUAUAGAGGUUUCCCAACCUAAAACAUAGGAUUUAACUGACCUCUGCUCCUGCUUGGCUUGGAGCACAGGAAUCUGCACCUCAGCUCCCCUGGGAAAGAUUCCAGAAAGACUGUUGCGUGAAUCACACCAUGUGGACAUUUUAUUUCCAGGGUCUGUUGGUGUCUCUUCCCCAGUUCCUAGGUCCCAGUGAGAAUCUGUUGCUGGUACAUUCUACCUUCAGACUCCAACCUGUCUGUGCUCCUACAGCCCUCGUUAGAAUCCACAGAAGGCAUGACUAAACAGUCACAGAAGGAUGUGCACCAAUUGCCAUUACAUAUUGAUAAAUAUUUGGCAACAUCAUUUUUGAUGACUUGAGUUCUAGAGGGCCCCAGGGGACGAUCUCCCACAGGGUGGCUUCCUCAACCCAGCUGUUGCGGCAUCUGCAUAUGGGUUUGUUACACUGGUGAUUCUGGGAUCUUCAAGUCAUACCUGGUCUCUCAUGGCUCCAUCCCUUCCCUUCCCUCUGUCCUCAUAGACCUCUGUCUUCACCCAGAGGCUGCAGAAAAUGACCAAGUCGCAGGGACCGGUAUCAUUCAAGGACGUGGUUGUGAAUUUCACCCAGGAGGAGUGGCAGUAUCUGGACCUUCCCCAGAGGGAUCUAUACAAGGAUGUGAUGCUGGAGAACUAUAUCAACCUCAUCUCAGUGGGCUAUCAAACUACUAAGCCAUCUGUGAUCCACAAGUUGGAGCAAGGUGAAGAACCAUGGAUGGUAGAGAGAGAAAUCCCAAAUUGGAGCUAUGCAGAAGAAACAUGGCAACUUGGUGACCACAUGGAACAACACCAAGAGAACCAAGAAACACUUUUGAAGCAUGCUGCAUUCAUUGACCAGGAAACUGGGACUGACGAGAAAGGUAACAAGUGUAAUGCACUUGGAAAUAUAUUUCAUCUGAGCACAGACUUCAUUUCUUCAAAACAGAGACUCCAAAAAUAUGACCCCUACGGUAGGAGUUUGAAUUUUUUCGGCUUAUUUAGUGGUAAUAGAAGAUACUCAAAAAAGACUGAAUGUAGUGAAUGUGGGAAAGCCUUCUUCCAGAAGUCAGACCUUAUUAUACAUAAGAGAACUCAUACAGGAGAAAAGCCCUUUGUAUGUACAGAGUGUGGGAAAGCCUUCAGCAAGAAAUCCAAUCUUGUUACACAUCUCAGGAUCCAUACUCAAGAGAAACCUUAUGAAUGUACUGAAUGUAGAAAAGCUUUCACCCAUAAGUCACACCUCACUGAACAUCAAAGAAUUCACACUGGGGAGAAACCCUAUGAAUGUGAUGAGUGUGGGAAAGCGUUUUUCCAAAAAUCACACCUCAGUAUUCAUCAGAGAACUCAUACUGGAGAGAAACCCUAUGGGUGUGAUGAAUGUGGGAGAGCCUUCAGCAUGAAGUCUCACCUCUUUGUACAUCAGAGAAUACACACAGGAGAGAAACCUUACGUAUGUACCAGGUGUGAGAGGGCUUUCAGUGAAGUGUCCUGCCUUAUGAGACAUCAGAAAAUCCAUACUGGGGAGAAACCUUAUGAAUGUAAUGAGUGCAAAAAAGCCUUUUCUGAGAAGUCUGACCUCCUCAUACAUCACAGAACUCACACAGGAGAAAAGCCCUAUGAAUGCAGUCAGUGUGGAAAAGCCUUCAGACAUAGCUCGGCCCUCUGUCGACAUAAAAGGACUCAUAAAGAAAAAAUUCCUUAAAAGAGAAACUAAUGUGGGAAUAUCUUCAACUAAAAGCUUCAGUAGAAAUCAAAUCUUGGAGUGCUGGAGUGGCUCGGUCUGUUAAGCAUCUGACUUUGGCCUAGGCCAUGAUCUCGCUGUUCUGGAGUUCAAGCCCCGUGUCCGGCUCUGUGCUGACAGCUCAGGGCCUGGAGCCUGUUUCAGACUCUGUGUCUCCCUCUCCCUCUCUCUGCCCCUCCCCCCUCUCUUUCUUUCUCUUAAAAAGAAAGAAACAUUAAAAAAAAAUCAAAUCUUAUUAUGUAUCAAGAAGUCAAGCCUCUUAAUUCAACAUAUUUUAAAAGUGUGUAAUUAUGUUUUUGUAGAAGUGAUAUUCCAGAUGCGAUCCCAAAGUAUUUCUAGAAGAUAUAGAAAGUAUAUCUCCUUGUCAGGGGCACCUGGGUGGCUCAGUCGGUUAAGCGUCCGACUUCGGCUCAGGUCAUGAGUUCAUGGUUUGUGAGUUCGAGCCCCACAUUGGGCUCUGUGCUGACAGCUCGGAGCCUGGAGCCAGCUUCAGAUUCUGUGUCUCCGGCUCUCUCUGCCCCUCCCCCACUUGUGCUUUGUCUCUAUCAACAAUAAAUAAAAUGUAAAAAAAAAAAAAGUAUAUCUCCUUGUUAAAGGAUAAAUGCUCAA